AUGGCGGCAGUUCCGGGGUACUCCUACCACUCCACCGAGAAGGGCGACCUUGGUUUCGCCUUGUGGGAGCGACGCCACUGGAUUAGGGGUAAAGCCGUCAAGGCGUAUAUCGAUAACCUCGCCAGAACCCUCGGUCAGCGCAACGUGCAAGUCCUAGCGCUUCGACAAGCGUGGUCCAAGUACCACCGAGAGCGCAGUUAUCGUGCAGAUCGCUUGCGAGACCAGAUGCUCCACAGGAUGUGGAAUGGGACCAUUACGUACGACGGACAACCUCCACAGCACCGCACCGAGGUUUUGCUGGAGCCGUCGUACUUGCAAUACUCGUUCGAGGUGAUGGAGUCGGUCCCCACUACCGACGACUGGGCCCCCGAGGUGGCGGACGUGGACGCCCGCGAGCCGUGGCGUAACUGUUGGUUCCAAGCGCCGGCCGACCACCCCUACAACACGGCUUUCGCCCCUUGCAACGACGUCCCGUUGUUCGUCCCCAACGGAUCGACUGGGGAGACCAUGGCGUCGUCGGUCGUGGUUGAAUCUUCUCUGCGGACUUCGAUGGUGGUCGCUCCAUGGGUGGCCGAGUUCGCAAACGCCCGUCGUUCUUGCUCUCCAAGCCCCGAUGAGGAGACGAAGGAGUUCGUGGCGCCUUAG